UAGCGUUUAUGCCACAGCUGACAAUAGAGAUAUUGCAUUAUGAUACAAUAUGUAGGCAAUCAAUGCCUCAUCGGGCUUUGUCGGUCUUUGUACUUACUCAUGGAUCUUUGCCAAUGUAAGGAGAAUGUGACCUGGUUUGUGUUUUAGCUUGGAGGCAGGGCAUCAGAACAUGCGCAACAAGCGUUGUCAGAUCCAUCUGUACAUGUAUUGAGAAGUCAGUACAUGCAAAGUAAUCAAAGAGUCAGUCCGUUGAACUUACAUCAGUCAAACAAGCCAUCAUUGAUUAAUUUUAUGGUUUUAAAGCAUGUGAGCAAUAAGAUAUUUGCAUGCAGUGGUGUUUUGUUUUAUCCUUGUGUCAUUAUUAUUAGUUGUAGGCCUUUUCAAAAAAUACAAAGCAAUGAAUUUUGAUUUCAGAUGCCAGAAUUCUGUCAAGUUCAUUUGCAGGGUAAUAGCUUUUGGCAGGACUAGCUCACGUUUAUCUUUUUCUUCGUCUAAUUUAUGUUUUUUUGACAGCAGCGCCCAUCACUGCUAAAAUGCAAAGCAGUGCAGAUAGAUGAGCAGGUAAAGGAGGUUGCAGCUUUCAACUUGCCUAUUUGCCUCUUAAAAGCUUUAAUGUGUUCCUCAUGAAACAUGUACCGUCACGAGAUUUUAUAUUUGAGACAUGAUGUAAGGAAGCUUUCUUUGUGUCUGAGUUCUACAGUGGCAUCUCAAUAGGCUGAUCAGGUGGAGCAGAAACACUUUGUCAUGAAACCUUCCAAGUAAAGGAAAGUGAUGAUGCUACUUUUUGCUUUGCUGAAGAGGAGGUCAUCUGCAAAGUUUUCAGGAUUCGCUUUAUUAUGGCAGGGAGAAGCAGAGAAAGAGGAUUUUUCAUGUUGAUUGGGCAGAUUUUUUCAGCUUAAACUGAAUACUUUUGGACGUAGCUGAGCUCCGAUGACAGUGCGAGGCAGACCAGCUUCAGAUAGCGUUCAAAAAUGUUUAACUAGCAUGUUUAUAUACUCCAGAUUUACAUCACCUUUCAAUACUAUAUGUAACUGAUUAAGUCUCACAGGUUGUGGAAUCUGUCUGUGCCCAACCCCUUCCUGCAUAUUUACAGUUCAAAUGAAUCUGUCAAUUUCCACAGAGUCCUCAGGAAUAUAACAGGUUGCUUCUUGUGUUUCCUUCAAGCUUCACUCCCAGGACCAGUUGGUGAGCAGUUACGAAUCGGCAGUAACGGUGGGGUCGGUCCGGUGCCAGGGAGGUGACGGAGGGGGUGGAGCUGGAUGUAUGAGACGGCUUCAUGGGCCUGAAGGACCAUCUGGAGGAUGGGACAGGCCACAUCCUCAGUCUGGGGCUGGAUCUGGACUACCUCCAUGUGGAAGGUGCUGAGCGGCAGGCCGGCCCAAGCUUUGCGACGGGUGCUGGGAAUAUAGGAGUCCUCCAGGCCACAGCUGGUGCACCGAGCAGCAGCAGCAACAGUAUUGGCAGCACCAGCACAAGUUUUAGCACCCAUUCAAGCUACAGCAGCAGCAGCAGUUGCAGCAACCUUUCUGAGGAGAGUGCCAUCUCUGACAGUGAAGAUGAACGGCUCCAGUCUGAAUCUAAAGACCUCCACCACAGGGAGUCCUCCAGGCUGGACCUAGCACCAAACCAGCCCUCUGGAGACCCUCUACAGUCACAACCAUUAGCCCCCACUGACCCCGCCACUGACUACCGUACCAAAGUGGAGUUUGCUCUCAAGCUCGGCUACUCUGAGGACCUUGUGAUGCUGGUUCUUAGGAAACUGGGCCCCGACGCACUCAUCAAUGACGUACUGGGAGAGCUAGUCAAACUGGGAACCAAGACAGAGAUGGAGCAGCCUGGAGGUCCAACUGUCUCCCAGUCUCCCUCCUCAUCUUUGUCAUCCUCUUUGGCCUGCUCUUCCUCCUCCGACUCCCCUCUAGACUCCUGCCGGCUGCCGUGUCCGUCCAAGCUGCUGGAAGACAAAGAAAACCUUCGUCCUGUUGUUGUGGAUGGAAGCAACGUAGCCAUGAGUCAUGGAAACAAGGAAGUGUUCUCCUGCCAAGGCAUCCAGCUGGCAGUUGAUUGGUUCUUGGAGCGAGGUCACCAGGACAUCACAGUUUUUGUUCCCGCCUGGAGGAAGGAGCAGUCACGACCUGAUGCUCUUAUCACAGACCAAGAGAUCCUCCGGCGACUUGAGAAAGAGAAGAUCCUGGUUUUCACUCCAUCUCGUCGUGUUCAGGGACGCCGUGUGGUUUGUUACGAUGACAGAUUCAUUGUGAAACUGGCCUACGAGUCGGAUGGCAUAAUCGUAUCCAAUGACAACUACCGGGAUCUGGCCAAUGAAAAGCCAGAGUGGAAGAAGUUCAUAGACGAACGCCUGCUGAUGUACUCAUUUGUGAAUGACAAAUUCAUGCCACCAGAUGACCCACUGGGACGCCACGGACCGAGUCUGGAGAACUUUCUAAGGAAGAGGCCUGUUGUUCCUGAGCACCGGAAGCAACCAUGCCCUUAUGGGAAAAAGUGCACAUACGGUCACAAGUGUAAGUUCUACCACCCUGAAAGAGGCAGCAAACCCCAGCGAUCUGUGGCCGAUGAACUCCGUGCCAGUGUCAAAACUUCAUCAGUUUCCUCCAGAGGCUUGUUGGAAAACGCCCUGAUGAUAAAGAGCCAAAAUGAUAAAUCAGAAGAAAUGGUUGAGACUGAGCCAAGCCGGAGCAUUGGAAACAAACAGCUUUAUCAGAGUCCUCGGAGAGCCUUCAAUGAUCUCAUGGAGGACAGACUUCGGAUCCAUUCCAAAGCUGAAGGCCGGAGGGGAAGCGGCAGCAGUGGCAGUAGCAGCUGUAGCAGCAGCAUUGUGGGUCAUCCUGCUCCCGGUGGACCCCCGUCAUCAUCUGGACAUCUGGAUCACUGCAAACUUCCUGGGGGAGGCAGUGGAAGCAGCUUCAGGACUGCUGGAGGUUCAGGACUGAUCCAGGCUGAGUCCUACCACAGAUGUGAGUCUCCAGAGGUAGGCUACCGGUCUUUGGUGAAGACCUAUUCAAGCCUUAGCCUCCUGGUUCCUCAGACUCCUGAAUACUUUUUACCGGCUGAUCUGCGAGCAGGUUCGCUGCUUUCAGACUGUAGCAGUGAGGGAAGCGUCAGCUCCGACUCUUUCUCCCCAGACCCCAUGCUGGACGAUAGCCCCAAGUGCCACCACCACCAUCCUCACCACAAUCACCACUACUCUGGACAGUAUGCCCAGCUUCCAAGCCUCGCUUCCCAUGGAUUAACCCAGCACUCUCCCUGUGGUUACUCCGUUCCUCCAGGACUGCGCAGACACCAUGGCUUUGGCAUGGAGGACCCUCCAUUAUCUGUUCCUUCUCAUGCAUCUCCACGUCCCUUCAAGACCACUUCUUCCUACAUCCCACCCCAGCGUCAGCACCCGCUGCUGAGCAAUUUUGUUGGGGAUUUACCACCUCGUCCACCACACCCAACCCUACCUUCCACCACUUACUCCCAGCCUCAGAGCUCCCCCUUCGGUCGCAAUCUGAUAGGCUCCCUUUGGCAGGAAGGUGGGCUUCAGGACUCCAGAGUGUAUGAGGGGUCACCACUUCAGGCUAGAAGAAACUACUCUGGACUAAACCAAAAACCGCAGCAUCAGAUAAACUGGGCCACCAACUAUCAGACAACCCCAAACACUUGCUAUGAUCUGUUUUCCCACAAGAAUCUCCCACAAGUUCACGGAAAGUCUUGGUGUUCUCCUUGGAGCCAGCAAGCUCUUUCCCCACCUCAUAGCCUUUCAGCAGCAAGUCUUCCACCACAGCAGCCUCUUCCAUCCAUUGCUACCCACAAGAAUCACCUGCCUCCAGCUCCUCAGCACCAGGAGCCUCCAGCCUUGGGUCGAUACCAGGACCUGAGGGAGAGAGUGUUUGCUAACUUGUGCGGCAUCUUCCCACCGGAUUUGGUGAGGAUGGUGAUGACCAGGAACCCUCAUGUGACGGAUGCUCAGGAGCUUGCAGCUGCAAUUUUGAUGGAGAAAUCGCAGCACAGUUCUUGACUACAGACAAAAAAGUGAAGUUAAAUCUUCACUUGACUCACUUUUGCAGAAAAAGUCAGGUUGGACAUACACAAAACUAAAAGCACACCAUUCAAGACUGCUUAUUGCCUUUGCAGGGAUGUCAUCUUGUUUAACAAUAAUGGUAAUUUUUGUAAAGGGA